GAUUAUUAUUUUGGUCCCCGGCCAUCAGUACCAUCAGUUCCUAGAUCCUGUAGGGGUUACGCAGGUAGAAGUCAGUGUGGUCAGUCCAGAGUCCGUUUGUACUGCAUGUAGUUGGGUCCAAUCCGAGGUCCAAUCCAACCGCAGAGAACUCCGAUAACGUGAACGCCCAACAGCUCGGGAGUACCCAUGAUCGCCAUGAUUGCCAUGAUUGCCAUGGCCGCCUGACCUUGACGAUUGAUCGUUUUCCCUCGUUUCCGUGCGUGGUCGGCCUCGCUUUCGUCCUUGAAGGGGGUGUUCCGAUCCACUCUCUCGAUCGGCCAUAGGCCCCACAACCCCGCAGAUCAUAUCCGCGGAUCGCCAUGGGUAAAGCUUCCUUGCAAGCCUGGAUGGGCUCCGACUUGACGGUGUUAAGCACAGUGGCUGUGGCCCUCCUCAUGAUGUUGUUUGUGAUAGUCAAGUUUGGCCUGCGCUCUUCCCGCUCUUCCCGCUCCUCUCGCUCGCGCCCCAAACCCGACUACCGCCAUCGUCCCGCCCCGCGACGAGCCCGGAAGAAAUCCUCCCACCUCUUUCAGGCUGAUCGAUUUUUUGAAGAACCGGAGGAACGGCGGUUAGACGACGAUCAAGAUGAUGAUGAUGACGAAGAUUUCGAUGACUUCUUACCGGAUCCUGAAUCCACCCUAGAGUUGAUUCGCCAUCGUCGGACAAUUUCGGCCAAGGAUUGUAACGGGCGGACCGUGGCCGAGGAUGAGAUCCGAAUGCUCUUGGAAGCGGCCAAUUGGGCCCCGACGCACGGUCAGACCGAGCCCUGGCGCUUCGUCGUGAUCCAAGGUCCCGGCAGCAUAACCGAUUACCUGGUCUACUUGGACCGAUGGUAUCGGGAUCGAGCCGAUCAGCUUCCGGAGUCCACUAUGCAAAAGUUUCAGAAGAAGCUGGGCUCCUGUUUGGACACUUGGGUGGAUAAAGUGAGCCACCUGCUGGUGAUUGUCAUGAAACGUCAAGCCAAGCCGGAUAAGCUUAUGCCCGAAUGGGAAGAAAUGUGUGCUGUAGCCAUGGCCGUCCAAAAUCUCCACUUGAUGGCCACUAGUCUGGGCUUGGCCGUUUUCUGGAGCUCGCACACUUGGUGUCAAGAUGCGCGAGAAAGUUCCGACUUCAAGGCCUAUUUGGGUUUCGCUCCGGAAGACAAAGUCAUGGGUUGCCUCACCAUCGGGCGUUAUGAUCGUUCGAAAACCUUCCGCGGAUCUCGCACACCUAUGUUCAACAAAGUUGCCUUGAGAGCAGAUUAGCUGUGAUGUUCGCUCCGAUUCCUCCCGCCAUCGUUGCAUUUGCUGAAAUCGUUUAGUAAAAUAUAGAUACUUCUUAACGGAAA